AUGAGCGGCCUACGGUUCCUCGAUCUCGUUAAGCCCUUUGUGCAGUUCAUCCCGGAGGUGUCGCUGCCCGAAACGAAGGUCCCAUUCAACCAGAAGCUAGUAUGGACCGGUGUGGUUCUUCUGGCCUUUUUGGUCAUGUCCCAGAUGCCACUUUACGGAAUCGUAUCAUCGGACAGCUCGGACCCGCUGUACUGGCUACGCAUGAUGAUGGCGAGUAACAGAGGAACGCUGAUGGAACUUGGAAUCACCCCAGUUGUCACCUCGGGCAUGGUCUUCCAGCUUUUGGCUGGCACUCACCUCAUCGACGUCAACUUGGAUCUCAAGAGCGACAGGGAACUCUAUCAGACAGCGCAGAAGCUCCUUGCUCUCAUCUUGUCUUUCGGCCAGGCCAUUAUCUUCGUUAUGACCGGUCUCUAUGGCCAGCCAAGCGAUCUUGGUGCCGGUGUCUGCAUCCUGCUCGUCACUCAGUUGAUGAUCGCUGGUCUGAUCGUCAUUCUCCUGGACGAAUUGCUGCAGAAGGGAUAUGGAUUGGGCAGUGGCAUCAGUCUUUUCAUCGCCACUAAUAUCUGCGAGUCAAUCAUUUGGAAGGCGUUUAGCCCGACGACAAUCAACACCGGUCGCGGUCCUGAGUUCGAAGGCGCUAUCAUCGCUCUCUUCCACCUCCUUGUCACGUGGCCUAACAAGCAGCUUGCACUUCGCGAAGCCUUCUACCGCCAGUCUUUGCCGAACAUCAUGAAUUUGAUUGCCACUAUUGCUGUGUUCGGCGCAGUCAUCUAUCUUCAGGGCUUCCGCGUCGAGAUCCCCGUCAAGUCCUCAAAGCAGCGUGGCAUGCGUGGUAGCUACCCCGUCAGGCUUUUCUACACGAGCAACAUGCCCAUCAUGCUGCAGUCUGCUCUCUCUUCGAACGUCUUCCUCAUCUCGCAGAUGCUAUACAGCCGCUUCUCUGAAAACCUCCUCAUCCGCCUUCUCGGUGUCUGGGAGCCUCGCGAGGGAUCUUCCCAGCUCUUCGCUACCUCCGGUCUGGCAUACUAUAUGUCCCCUCCAUUGAACUUCAAGGAGGCCCUCCUCGACCCCUUUAAGACCGCCGUCUUCAUCGCAUACAUGUUGGCCGCCUGUGCGAUCUUCUCCAAGACCUGGAUCGAGGUUUCUGGUUCCAGCCCCCGGGAUGUCGCGAAGCAGCUUAAGGAGCAGGGUCUUGUCAUGGCUGGUCAUCGUGAAGAAAGCAUGUACAGGGAGCUGAAGAGGGUCAUCCCAACCGCUGCCGCUUUCGGUGGAGCUUGCAUCGGCGCGUUGUCUGUUGUUAGCGAUCUCCUGGGUGCACUUGGCUCGGGUACUGGUAUUCUUUUGGCUGUCACUAUCAUCUACGGCUACUUCGAGAUCGCCGCCAAGGAGGGCGAUAUGGCAGGCCUCAGAGGCAUGGUGAUGAGCUAA